GUGUAAUAUAUCGGCUACAUCUCAAGGAUGAACGCAAAACUGCCUUUAGAUACUAACUAUGAUUUAGAACAACAGUUCAUCCUUCGGAUGACAGACACAGUUGCUGCUCAAAAUCUGGCAGCUGAUAUCGAUGCUGGCAUACCUUUCAAGGAAAAUUUUACCGUAGAAUUCAAACCUGAUAUGCGACAUACAAUUGUUCGGUAUAAUGGCCAAGUUUACCAAGGUCAGAUUAUGGAUCUCCCAUGCAUAAUAGAAUCCUUAAAGACUACAGAUAAAAAGAAUUUCUACAAAACAGCUAAUAUCUGUCAAAUGAUGAUUUGUACUCAAGGUGAUGAAACUGGUCCACUACGUGGGACUGCUGCAUAUUUAGACAAUCGUCCUGGUUCACGCAAUAAAACAUUUGAUAUUAGUCAUGAAAAUCGAGAAUUUCAAUUUCUUCAUGGGAUAACACCACCAUUAAAAAAUGUCUUACAUCGUCGAUUUCGUAAAACGCGUAGAAAACGUUUUGUUGAUAUGCCUAAAAUUGAGAAAGAAGUCAAACAACUACUGCGAGCUGAUUUACAAGCUGUUAAUGUAAAAUGGGAAGUUAUCUGGACUGAUCCACCUGCGCCUGUAAUACGAUCGAAUGGAAAUAACAAUAAAUCAAGUCUAUCUAAUAAUGAAACCGAUAGUUGUAAUAAUGUUCAAUUAGGCAAUCAACAACGUACAGCUGAUGAUGAAUUAGAAGAGGAAGAAGAUGAGGACGGUGGACGAGCAUAUGCAAUAGAUCAUCGUGAUGUAUUCGGUGAAAUAAGCAGUAGCAGUAUUGGUUCUUCAAGUGAUAGUGACGACAACAGUAGUAGUAGCAGUCAUCGCGGUAAUGCAGGUGGUGGCGGCGCUGACCGUCGUCGUCAUCGUCACGAAGGAGGUGGAGGAAGGGAAAUACUUGGAAGUAAUGAUCAUCCUAGUGAUAAUGAUGAGCACACUGUUGUUGGUGAUGGCAAAGUAAAAGAUUAUAAUCAAUCAUCUGCACAAAAUCAAACUACUGAUAAUAAUCCUUUAAUAACUAAUCAAUCAACUUCAGAAACUGUAUAUAAUAAACUAAAACCUACCACUAUCACUUCAACAACUAACGAUCUCGUUAAUGAUGUUAUUUCUGCUACUACUUCUAUCAUUCCUGUUGAUAAUCUUAAAGAUGAAUUGGCUGCGGAACUUUUACUAUCUGAUUCCGGUGAUGAACAAGGUGAUAGUGUUGAUGAUGAUGAUUUACAAACUUCUGUUGUUACUGAAUUAAUUGCAAAUUCUACUAGUGAUAAUCCUAUGAAUAUUCAACAUCUUCAUAAUGCUACAAUAAAUAAUCAAAUUGACGAUGAUUGUAUUGUAACUGGUACCAUCACUGAUCUAGAUAAUUUAGUGGAUGUGGUCGUUAAUGAUGGAAAUGAUGUUGAUGAAGAUGAUGAUGAUGAACGUAAUAAUAUUAUACAUAGAGGUGGUGAAUUAUUGGAUGAUAAUUCAUUUAUGGGUUUCACGAAUACAACAACACAAAACUAUUAUAAUGUAUUCAAUGCAGACAUUGAUGAUGAAGAUACUUCGUAAUAAGGAAAAUAACAAAAGCAGGCGAGUUUAUUACUAAACCUGAAGAUCCUUAUUUUAAUGCCUGGUGUAGUUGUGGAUACGCACUACACAGAACAAAACAGUUGUCUAGUGAUUGUAGAUUUUCAGUAUUUAUAUAGGUAAUAUCUGUUCAUGAUAUAAAGUAUGCAACUCAACAAUCUCAGAAUCUGUCUAUCAAGCAAACGUAUCUUCCGUGUUUUAAUUUGCACAAUGAGAACCUUCUACAGUUUUCUCUUUAUAUAAUCUGUAAGUGUAUGAUACAAUGUGAGUUUAAAGUUUACAUUGAGAUCUUGAACCGAUUGGUGUUAGACCACCAUUGAAAACCUGAAAGUACCGGACGGUCGUUUUGUCCUAUUUUGGAUGCGCACUGCCGAGGAGUCCCAAGAGUAUUUGUACGUAGUCUUGCAAAAAAAGACUUCGCUGUAUUGCGGAGAGUGCUGAAGGCAGUUAGCAAGGUAUGUGGCGAAUCUUUCGAGGUCAUAAUUAAUAUGGUUGUGGACAGACAUCUAAAGUCAUGCAAACUCCAGGCAGGUGUUAUAUUAACUAUAACUUCAUUGAUAACGAAAACCAAACUUUAAUCAUUCAGGAAUUUCUUGGCUUUCUAUAUAAAUUAUUCCUUUAUACAACUAAUUUACUUACGUACUCCUGUUACUCCGCCUGGAGCCCCUCUGGGGCUACUGCCGAUCCCAAGCACGGAUGAACUAGGAGGGUUUGGCAUGGGGUUAGCGACCCUAUCCCGUAGAAAACUAAUUCGCUAAAGAAACGCUAACCAGAAAAAAAAGUAUACAACUAAUAUUCUCUCAAAUUAACUCCUAGAUUAACUGUUUAGCAAUAACAUAUGCUUGUAGUAUCAACCGUCACAUCAAACCUACUUCAACCGUAUCAAUAAUCAAGUAUAGUUUAAUGAUUUUCUUCAAAUAUUGUUCUCUCGCUAAAUUUUUUACUACAAUUGAACACCGUAUGGUUCGCUUUUAUGCAUUUUUAUUAUUCAGGUGACUUAUUAUCAUUAUUUUGUUUUAUUGAAACAUUUCAAUUGGUUCAUCAUAAAAUUCAAGAUAUUUCUUUGAGUUGAUUGCGACAACGAUGAGUAUAUAUAUAUAUAUAUUAGUGGCUCCAGGAUUUGACUCCAUAUAGAUCGUAUGAAUGAUUGUUGUCGAAAUAUACAUCCUGACUAUUCUCGUAUAUUGUUAUCGACUUGAAUCACAUUAUUGAUUUGAACAGACAAUCAGAGAUAUGAAACAAAGAGAAGAGAACGAAGCAAAAUGACGUAUAGUGGAGAUGGUUUGUGGGCCAACUCAAUUUAAUCAAUAUUUAUAGUCACAUAAAAACAAGCUACAGAGAUGUGAUGAAUAGGAUAAGAAGGGCACACACAUAACCUUACAUAAAAAUAGUCAAGAUUGAUAAGCAAAUAUUUAACAAGGUUCAAAUAUGGCUCAAGAUGAAUGAAUGAAUUGGCUUGUCCAGAAGCUAGAAUAAGGUAUCUGGGCUUAACAUCGUAUUGCACCGCAGCGAUUGCAUAAUAGCACUCAUGUGUUCAUUAGAAAUGAUAAUCAUAAUUGGUAUUAUUAAUGUUUCAUUUGUUUCCAUGUAUUUUAUAUUACCGUGAAUCAAAUUUAUUAUUAUUACUGUUUUUUUUUUUUGGUAUUUUCUUCUAGUGAUUAACGUAUGUUGCUAGCCUAAUUUAUUGUUACUUCAUUUUGUUUAUUAUUUGAAGUGAUGAAUUGGGAUACAUUGGAUAAUUUACAAUUUCUAUACAUAAAUAUGCACUUUACAUUUGUAAAUAAAAAUCUACUUUUAUAUUUC